AUGCGUCGCCAUCUAAAAGUCUUCCUGGUAUUCGUACUGUUGGUCACAUUUGUGACUGCGAAGAAGAAGGAAGAGAAGGAGGAAUCCUCUGAGGAAAAGGAGGAGGAGGGCGAAAAAUAUCACAAAGAGGAACAUAAGGAGAAGAAGCAUAAGGGUGAUAAAGGACACAAGGAGCACAAGGAAUGGGAGGAGGAUGAAAAAAAGCACCACGAGGAGGAGGACCAUGAACAUAAAUAUGGCAAUAAAGGUGGCAAAAAGAAGAAGUAUUAUGAUGAGGAGGAAGAGUUUGGCGAGAAAAAAGAACAUGGCGAGCACAAAAAAGGGGGCAAACAUCAUCACAAAAAGAAGCACAAAAAGGGGCACAAGGAAUUAGAAUAUCAUAAAAAAUUCAAUAAGGAUGAGUAUAAGAAGGAAAAGAAAUUCUACGAUGAUGAACAUAAAGCAGGACACCACAAAAAAUACGGUAAAGAUCAUAAACAUGAGGCAGAGGAGGAGGGUGGCCACAAGAAGGGCGAACACUAUGAAGCGGGCAAGAAGAAAGGUCACAAGAAGCACAAAGAACACUACCAAAAAGGACACAAGGAUGAAGAUGAGAAAAAGUAUAAAAAGAAGCAUAAACAUGGGGAGCACCAUGAAGAGCAUGAGGAGUAUGGUAAAAAAGGAGAGAAGAAGAAAAAGCACAAGGAGGGUUCCAAGAAGGAAAGUAAGAAGGAGAAGGAGAAAAAGAGCAAAAAGGAGGAGGAAA